AUGGGUGCCCUAAACAAGUAUCCGCUAAAUACCCACUUUGAUUUCGUGAAUAUGGGUUCUGCUGGUUGGGGUUUUCGGAGAAAGAUGGCUCUUUUUCCUGCCUCUUUCACGCUCUCUGUCUCUGCCCUUUUGCUUACUCUGUUCAGAUUUUUCAGCAAAAUCUUCCUCAGUUUCAAUAAAGACGAGAGUUCUCUGAUGAACAAUUCCUGUUGCUCUAGCCCUCUUUCGGAAGAAAGCAAUCAAAUGGUACCGAGCCGUAUUGAGCCAGAAGCUAUGCCCAUGAAAGCUGAUUCUGAGAUUUGGGAGAGUGAGGAUGAUUCGGACUUCAAUGAUAUUGAUGAUAGAGAGACGCCGGAGCCAAAGUUUGUAUUUAAAUUUGAGUACCAGACUAAAGAAAUAUUAGGCAGAAGCAAUAAAGGGAAUGCUAAUGGUGAUUCUCCUGUCUUGGAUAUCGCUUCUCCAGCAGAAAACGAAGAGUACGUGUUCAUACCUGAGAAGCUUAGCCAAUUCAAAGAAGAACCACAAGUCAAAAGCAGCAGCAAAUAUGAAUUUAAAGCUGCAGAGACUUUUAGUUGCUUCGUGGAAGAAGCAAAAGUUGCAAGCUUUACUGUCAAAGAAGUACAUGCUGGUAAUUCAAUAGGCGUUUCCAAUUCCCUUGAAGCAACUGUUCAUGAAGAAAGUCCUCAAGAUUCUGCAGAUGGAGAAAGCAAGGAGGAGGAGGAGUCAGAGAAGAAAUCAGUCAUGGAAGAUCCUCAUUCGGAUGAAGAGCAACUGGGGAGUCAGGAAAACGAUUCUGCUGGUGAGAAAGUUGAUUCUCAUGAAGUUAACUUUUUGUCAGAAAAGCACUUUGUUGGUUCAGAUUCUGACACUGAUUCUAUUGGUUCAAGCCAUGUGUUCUCAGCUAGAAGUCAAGCUGUUGGCUCCCCUAGUUAUGGGUUUCUGUCAGAAACAGAUUUUGGGGAAGGAGAUGAACUUGGUGCUUUAGAAGGCAUUGACUUUGAGAAUUUGGAUAUUGGUUAUGAGCCUGAUGGUUUUGAUGAAGAAGAUGAAGAUAUAAUGGAACAAGUUCGAGAACUAGAAGCGUUGCCUGGGAAUGAUCAUCACAGCCCCAGCAGCUCCAAUCCUGAAGGAGGCAGUAGCAAAGAUGAAAAGCCAAUGGAUGGUUCAGAAAAUUCUGAAAAACCCAAUGGUCAAAAUUCGUCAGCUAAUGAUUCUGAGGAUUCAAACACAUUAGAAACAUUGUGGGAACACCAGCACUUGAUAGAACAGUUGAAACUGGAGCUCAAGAAAGUCAGAGCUACUGGUCUGCCUACCAUUCUUGAAGAAUCUGAGUCCCCAAAUAUGGAUGAUUUGAAGCCAUGGAAGAUAGAUGAAAAAGUCCAUCGCGGUGAUAAAAUGGGAGAGCUUCACAAAUUCUUCAAGAGUUACAGAGAGCGAAUGCGAAAAUUCGAUAUUCUGAAUUACCAGAAGUUAUAUGCAAUUGGUUUUUUGCAGUCUAAGGACUCACUACAAUCGUUUUCAAGAUGCACAUCCUCAGCUCCAACAGUCUCAUCCUUUUGGAGAUGCAAACGCAAAAAAGACUCUAAUUCUGAUUCUGAUUCUGACCCUAUGGUCAAGUUCAUUAGAGAAUUGCAUGGUGAUUUGGAAGUGGUUUAUGUUGGGCAGCUGUGCCUUUCUUGGGAGUUCCUUCAAUGGCAGUAUGAGAAGGCCUUUGAGCUUUGGGAAUCUGAUCCAUAUGGAAUACGUUCGUACAAUGAAGUUGCUGACGAAUUCCAACAGUUUCAAGUGCUCAUGCAGAGAUUUGUAGAGAAUGAACGUUUUCAAGGGCCAAGGGUCGAAAAUUAUGUCAAGAAUCGAUGUGUCAUGCGCAAUCUUCUUCAAGUUCCAGUGAUCAGAGGGGACAAUUUAAAGGAUAAAAAGAAAGCAAGAAGGAAAGGCAAAGAUGCUUAUGCAAUUACAAGUGACAUUCUGGUGGAAAUAUUGGAAGAAUCAAUAAGGAUUAUUUGGCGAUUCAUUCGAGCCGAUAAAAAUGCUAAUAGUACUAUUGCGUGUCGAAAAACAAGACAAGAAGAACUUCAAGACUCCGAUUUAAAGCUUUUAACGGAGGUCCAAACAGAUCUUCUCAAGAAGGAGAGGAAGCUUAAGGACACGUUGAGGGGUGGGCACUGCAUACUAAAGAGAUUCCGAAAGCAUGAAGACGAAGGCACAGAUCACCUGUAUUUCUUCUCUCAAGUUGACAUGAAGUUAGUUUCAAGGGUUUUAAACAUGUCCAGUAUAACAACAGAGCAACUAGUGUGGUGUCACAAUAAGUUAAGCAAGAUACAUUUUGUGAACAGAAAGAUUCGUGUAGAUCCCUCCUUCUUGCUAUUUCCAUGCUAG